AUGAUUUUCGAGCCUGCAGAGAGGACUCUGCUCCCUACAAAGGAUCUUCUGUCUUACAUCUUCGAUGACCCGCCCUACGACCAAGACAAACCGAUCUAUAUCGAUGUUCGAGAUCCGAAGCGCUCGAUUUCGUGCAAUCAAGCCCGCACAUUGAUUCGUUCGCUGAUUGCGGGGAUGAGAGCGUCUGGUCUUCGCCAAGGGGAUUGCGUUCUCAUCCAUUCAUUCAACGAUAUAAACUACAGUAUACUUGUGCUCGCUAUCAUUGGUGCCGGUGGAGUCUUCACGGGCUCCAAUCCUGCAUACACCCCGACUGAGCUUGCCCACCACAUUAGAGCCUCCGAGGCCAAAUUUUUGAUCUCUGAACCCGAGAUUUUGAAGUCGCUUCUGGGUGCCGCUCAACAAACUGGAGUGCCGGAACAAAACGUGUGGAUCUUCAAUAACCUAGGCCAGUCGGUUCCGACCGGGCAAAAAUCAUGGAAAGAGCUGUUCAAGUUUGGCGAGGCCGAUUGGGUGAGGUUCAAUGAUCUGGAGACCGCCAGAACAACAACAGCAGCCAGACUUUUCAGCAGUGGAACUACUGGUCUUCCCAAGGCAGUGAUGAUCACCCACUACAACCUGAUCGCUCAGCACGAGCUUGUGCUGGGAGCUGAUCCACGACCCUAUCCGAUAUCACGCAUCAUCGCAGUUCCAGUCUUCCAUGCCUCCGCUGCCCCGGUCACUCACAUCUCGACCUUAAAGGCAGGAGCCGCUGCCUACGUGAUGCGACGGUUCGAUUUAGAGGAGUACCUGACUACAGUCGAGAAAUAUGAUAUUACCGACUUGGCCAUGGUCCCACCCAUUGUCAUUGCGAUCUUGAUGUCACCCGUUUCCCAGAAACGGCCUUUCUUGCGCAAAGUUCGCCUCGCAGCAUGCGGUGCAGCUCCCUUGGACAAGGACGUCCAGGCUCGAUUCCGCUCACUUAUGGGAGAUGACGGCCCCUUCAAUCAGGUCUGGGGAAUGACAGAAACCUCGUGUGUGGCGACCAUGUUCCGGUACCCUGAGCAUGACAACACCGGCUCCGUGGGACGAUUGAUCCCAAAUCUUGAAGCAAAGCUUAUUGACGAUGACGGAAAUAACAUCUCGGCGUUUGGGGUUCGUGGAGAGCUCUGUGUCCGAGGCCCUACCGUGACCCCUGGAUACUUCAAGAACGACGAGGCCAACGCGCAAUCUUUUGACUCUGAUGGAUGGUUCAAGACUGGUGACAUUGCCUAUUGUGACCAGUCCACCCGUAAAUGGUACAUUGUCGACAGGAAGAAGGAGUUGAUCAAAGUUCGCGGAUUCCAGGUUGCACCGCCUGAACUGGAGGCAGUACUUCUCUCACACCCGCAGAUCAUUGAUGCUGCUGUGAUCGGCAUCACGUUCCCAGGAGCCGAUACAGAGUAUCCUCGAGCAUAUGUUGUCCGGCGCCCCGGCAGCGAAGGCCAAAGGCUGACCGAAGAAGAGGUUCAGAAAUAUGUUUUGGCGCGACUUGCGAAGUUCAAGGCGCUGACAGGUGGUGUGAAAUUUGUCGGCUCGGUUGCUCGAAACCCCAGUGGGAAGAUAUUGAAGCGGGUGAUCAGAGAGGAAGCAAAACGAGAGAUUCAAGCUGGACAGAUCAAGCCACGCUUAUGA